UCAGGUGAAAAUAUUUGUUGUUUUGGUACUGUGUUUUGACCAAAGAAACAAUUCCGCAAAUAUGCCAUAAAUAUUUUAAUGGAAAAUUGUGUGCAUUAAAAACCUAAAAAUUACAAUUUAAAAGGCAAAACAAUUUUGCAGAAUCGCGUAUAACAGAAAAAGAUAAACUACAAAUACUGCGAAGAAUAACAACAAAAAUACAGGCAAAAAAAAAAACAACAAAGAAAGUUAUUUUCGUGCAUACAAGUUUUAACAGGUAAGUUUCGAAAGAAAGUGAAAACUUUGGCUGUUUGUUUCUUCAUAAUUACCAUAACACUUUUGGGCAAAAGAAAGAAAAAAUUUUUGAGAAAUUAAAGUAAAAGCGAUAUUAUGACAACAAACACAAGUAGCACAAGUUUGCAAGAAAUGGAUACUAACCCAAUUGCAGAGGAAUUGGAACAGGAUUUCCUAGAAUCCAAAUGGUGGACCAUACCACACCAUAUCUUGCACAGUAUAUUCUAUUCGUUGCCUGUAAAGGAUGUAGUUAGCGCGAGUGGAGUCUGUCGACGUUGGCGUGAAAUUGCAAGCGAUGAGUUAUUGUGGAAAAAGAAAAUGCAUCGUCACUUCAAGAUUGAUCCGACAUUGCCAUUAAAACCAGGAGCUGAAUCGUGGCGUAGUGAAUAUGUGCGACUUGCCUGCGAAAUACCGUUUAUACAAACACAAUCCAUACGUGGACAUGCUCAUCAAGUGCUCCAUGUUAGCUUUUCGCACGAUGGUGAUAUGUUUGCUACGUGCUCCAAAGAUGGUUAUGUUAUAGUAAAAAAAGGCAUAACGUACAAAUUGUUAAUAUAUUUAUCGAAAGACGAUAUUAAAGAUGCUAUAGUGAAUAUUGGGUUAAGAGCUGAAUUUCGAGAAAAGCUGUUUAAAUGGCGGAAAUUAGAGGUGCCGACAAGUUUAUGUUUCAAUAUUGAUGACGAGACCAUAUCAAUGACCUCAAAAGUACAUUCUUGGUUAAAGAAGAGUUUAUCAACUUCAGAGUCUUUUCCAAUACAACCACCCCAUUCUACAAACAUUGCAAGUAUUUUUAAAAAUUAA